AUGACCGACCAGGCCAAAUACAUCAACAAGCUCAAAGGCGCGCGAGUCUUGAUCAUCGGAGGGACAUCUGGCAUCGGCUUCGGCGUGGCGGAAGCAGUCAUUGAGCAUGGCGCGGGCAAAGUAAUUGUCUCUUCGUCGCGGGAAUCGCGAGUCAACGACGCCAUCGCAAGACUCAAGGCGUCGUAUCCCUCGUCCACGGCUUCGAUCGAGGGGUACGUAUGCGACGUGGGAGAGCUGGGCACCAUGGAGGACAACAUCAAGGAGCUCUUCACCAAAGUCGGCACACUCGACCACAUUGUCUACUCAGCCGGGGACAACCCGCCGUUGAGGCCCUUGGACACGGUCGACUUCGCCUUCAUCCAGCGAGUCGGCAACAUCCGCUUCUACGGGCCCUUGCUGGUGGCCUUGCACGGGCACAAGAACCUCGUGCAAAGCCCGCAGAGCUCCAUCACCAUCACCACCGGGGCGACAAGCGAGAAGCCCUGGGCUGGCUCCACGGUGGUCGGCUCCUGGUUGAGCGGGCUCCACGGCAUGACGCGUGGGCUGGCACUGGAUCUGAAACCUCUGCGGGUCAAUUUGAUCAGCCCCGGAGGCAUCGACACGGCCCUCUGGGACUACAAGAGUCCCGAGGAGAGAAAGGCGCUCAUCGAUGAGCUGACACGCGACACCACGGUCGGGGUGAUUGGAACCGUCGAGGACAUCGCCGAGGCAUACAUCUAUUGCAUGAGGGACCAUUUCGUCACCGGCACCAUGAUCAGCUCAAACGGCGGGCGCUUUCUCGUGUAG